AUGGCUGCAGUUUCUGUACAUAAAUUUGCUGAAUGCAUUACUUGUCAUGCUUGGAGCCCAGACCAAUCCAUGCUUGCACUUUGUCCGAACAAUAAUGAAGUGCAUAUUUACAAACAAUUAGAACAGGAUAAGUGGGAAAGGAUCCAUGUCCUUCAGAAGCAUGACCAGAUUGUUUCUGGAAUAGAUUGGAGUUCAAAGUCAAACAAAAUAGUAACUGUAUCUCAUGAUAGGAAUUCGUACGUCUGGAACCAGGAAUCCACUGAAUGGGUUCCCACCCUUGUCAUUCUUAGGUUAAAUCGUGCAGCUCUUUGUGUACAGUGGAGUCCGAAAGAGAACAAGUUUGCUGUUGGAAGUGGGGCUAAAACUGUAUGUAUUUGCUACUAUGAGCAGGAGAACAACUGGUGGGUUAGUAAGCUUAUCAGGAAGAGACAUGAUUCUUCGGUUACAAGUGUUGCCUGGCAUCCCAACAAUAUAUAUCUUGCGACAACUUCUACUGAUGGAAAAUGCCGGGUAUUUUCAACUUUCAUUAAAGGUGUCGAUACAAGGGAAGGCACUGGUUCUUCCUCAGAUGCUAAGUUUGGAGAGCAAAUAAUUCAGCUUGAUCUCUCCUUUUGCUGGGCAUUUGGUGUCAAGUGGUCUCCCAGUGGCAAUACCUUAGCUUAUGCAGGUCAUAACUCAAUGAUAUACUUUGUUGAUGAAGUGGGCCCCUCUCCUUUAGCGCAAAGUGUUGCAUUCCGUGAUUUGCCUCUUCGUGAUGUUCUAUAUAUCUCUGAAAGAGUGGUUAUUGGUGUGGGAUAUGAUUGCAGUCCUAUGGUGUUUGUAGCAGAUGAAAGGGGACUUUGGGGUUUCUUGCGAUUCCUUGGUGAAAGAAAACCAGCAGCUCCAAGUGCAACAUCUAGUUCACAGUUUUCUGAAGCAUUUGGUAAAUUUUAUGGCCAAUCGAAAUAUGGAAGCAGCAAUGAUACUGUUCAACCUUCAAGACGCCGUGCUGGUGUUCAUGAAAACUGUAUCAAUUGUAUCUUACCUCUAAACAAAACAGGGGAUUCGACAAUAACUCGGUUCAGCACCUCAGGGUUGGAUGGGAAAGUUGUUAUCUGGGAUUUGCAGAAAGAAGAAGAUUUAUCUGAGUAUUUAUGA